CCCUGGAGACGCAGCCUUAUCGGACGGAAGGGCGCGCCCACAGCUCGAGGAGGUGUCUCUCCUGCCUCCACAGCUGAUCAGUACAGCACCAUGACUCUGUCCAACAGGCGGUGGGUUUUGUGCGCCGUGUUGCUCUCCGUGGCCGCUGGUUUGGGCUCUUGCAGAAGACACAGAGCAGACGAGCUCUUCAUCUUCAACGAGCUGUGCGCCCUGAGGGACGAGCCGGGGCCCUGCAAGGCCCUUAAGGAGCGCUUCUUCUUCAGCGUGGACACGGGCCACUGCGAGCUCUUUGAAUACGGAGGCUGUGGAGGCAACGCCAACAACUUCAGGACUUUGGAGGAAUGCGAGGAAACGUGCCUGGUCUCAGAUGAUAAGAACCCGUGUCACCUCCCUGAAGCUCCGGGUCCGUGUCGGGGGCUGCUGACUCGCUACUUCUUUGACGCCAGCAGGCAGCGCUGCAGGCAUUUCUUCUACGGCGGCUGCUUCGGCAACGCCAACAAUUUCAACAGCAUGUCGGAGUGCCAGGCCAAGUGUCACAGCCCAGCAGAGCCCUCUGAGGCACCACAACACACACCUGCUGCUGCAAAACCUGCUGCUGCACAGCCAACCACACUGACACUGGGGGAAAGGCAUAGCCCUCAGGUGCAAUCAAAUGUCACUGAUGAAGAGGCAGAAGCCUCGAUCCCUGCAGAGCUGUGCGUCCAUCCCGUGGACAGGGGGACAUGUCUCGGUGCCGAGAAGAGAUUCGCAUUUAACCCCAAGACCAAGAGAUGCCAGAUGUUUCACUACAGCGGCUGCGGGGGAAACGACAACAACUUCACGAGGCGCAAAAGCUGCAUUAAAAAGUGCAUCGGCAGCAGAAAGCCUUUUGGGACGGGGCUGAUCCGAAUAAGGAAGAAGAACCUGAACUACCUUACCAACUGAAUGCUGUGCAUGUGCACUACUCUGCAGUCCCCUUCAUUUAGCUUCAACGUAAUGUUCAGCUUUACUCAAAUCCUUUGUCCUGAGGUGCUUGUGUAAAUGACAUUUAGUGUACGAUUUAUUAUCAAUCUUAUCUACAUUAUUAUUUCACUAUCUCAUUGACAAAGAAAACAACGAUAUUAUGCAUUUCUUCAUGUCUAGGAUUAUGGGCUGUUGUCAUUGCACUGAUAUAAUCAUUGUACUGAUAUAAUCAUUGCACUGUAACUUUUUAUGUGGAUAAACCAAAGCAAAAUGUUUGUUUGAUAUAACAAAGGACUAAAAUGAAUACUUCCCCUGCUAUACAGUAACUGAUGGUUUUAGUACAGUUACAUUAUUAUUAAUAAUGAAUGUGAACAACCACAUUCGCAGAUUAAACUGCUGAACAAUCGUGAACAAUGACAACAGUAAACUGAAUAAAAGCACAUUAAUCAAGAUGUCCUCACACUCACAAAUUAAUGUGAACUGUGGUUUUAUUUUUCAGAUCAAACAUAUAACCUUUUUUUGUCUUUUGUAAUCAAUUGUAUGAAGUUGAAUAAAUCCCUCUUGCAGUCCUGCUGGUGUGGUUGAUGUGAAGAACCUGAGAGGGGCAGUGGUGUGUAAAGUAAGUCUUCCAAAGAGGUGGCCCGUACUCUGUUCACUGCAUAGUAUUAUCUUUUCUGUGUUCUGAUAUAAACGUUGUUGUAAAGAUUAGGAAUGUACAAGUUCAUAUAAUAAACCUCAAGGAUCUUCUUA